GAUCACGACUGACAACAAUGACGCUCCACUUCCACGACAACACGCCUCUUGACCGCGGCUGGUCGUGAAAUAAUCUGAGUCAUGUUUAACGCCGCGCACCACGGUCGGAAGUACGUCCUCUCCGGCGACUCCCCGUUAGCCGUUCAGCCGCUCCACGUCAGUGCGCUCUCGCCCAGCGACCUGGCGGCCGAGACGUCGCCUCCUGCGGGAGCUAAGAUGCGGAUCACGAAAGGCAACAAGGGCGCGGUGGUGGUGAAAGCAGUGCGGCGGCAUCCGUCUCCACAGAGCCUGGAAGCGGCGUGGGGCGGGAAAGGGCACCCGGAGGUGAAGUCCCCGGAGGGCUCCCCGGUCUCACGGCGGUCGGAGGCGGCAGUGGAGGGCGGAGUAGAAGCAGGUGGGCCGCACCGGAGUCGGAAGAGGGGAUUCAAGCCCCCUGAUGUCAGGACCAUCUUCACCCCUGAGGAGCGGGACCCCAGGGUGAAAGAGGAGUCGGGUGAGGGCCACAGCUUCGGGCCUGGAGGGGAGGGCACCUGGUGUGAUGUCUGCUGCACCUACAUCUUCCAGUAUGGACUCACCUGCGCAGGUUGUAAGUACGCGUGUCAUGCUGCCUGUCGCGACCGAGUGUCCCUGGACUGUCACCCCUCCACGUCGCCUGCGGGCCAGGACCAUGUCAACAACAACAACUCACCUGAUGUGGAGAGGGAGAGGAAAUUCCGAACAGAGUUCAGCACGGAGGAGAUCGGACUGAAGAUUGAGCAGUAUAACUCUCAGACCAGAGACCUGCUGAAAAUGACACUGGGUGCGACGGGUGUGUACACGGGAUUCAUCAAAGUCCAGAUGGACCUAAGAAGGCCAGUGACGGUGAAGGGUGCUUUGAAAGGAGGGGGCGGAGCCAAGAUGGGGGAGGCUUUCUAUCUGCCCCGGGGUGUCACCAACACCCUGCACAUCAGCUCCACUAACACAGUCCGACAGGUGAUCGUCGCUCUGCUCAACAAGUUCACGGUGGCAGACAACCCGGCCAAGUACGCUCUGUACAAGCGCUACCGGCGGGAGGAGCAGGUUUACGUGUGUAAGCUGGCGGACGGCGAGCAGCCACUCUUCCUCCGUCUGGUGGCGGGGCCUGACAACGACACGCUCAGUUUCGUCCUGAGGGAGCAGCAGACCGGGGAAGUCAUGUGGGACGCGUUCUCCAUCCCAGAGCUGAGGAACUUUCUGAAGAUCCUGGACAAAGAGGAGGAGGAGCAGAGGGUGGCAGUGAUGCGGAGAUACGAGUCUUACCGCCAGAGACUGCAGGAGGUGCUUUCACAGGUCAAAGCCCCUUCCUAGACUCAAGCACCUGUUGCAAUGGACUAGCGCCUCCUAGAGGGAUGUUUUCUCUACGCCUAGAAAAGGACACUCAGAGGAGCGAAGGAUGGAUGAGCAGCCCUGGACUUAAAGUUGCUUCUUGCUCACACACACACACACCAAAGAUCAACUUCAGCGUGCCAAAGUUCUGCCCUCUGUUCUCUUUAUUUAUGCUUCCUGGGCUCCUGUGAGGACGCCAUGCUUAUUUAUCGUGUUUAAGUCUGUACAUAUUUUGUCUCUUAAUUUAUAUGGGUGAAGCCUUUUUUUUUUUUUUAAGAAAGUCUUAUGUCAUUGUUGUUAAUCUCACACACAACAGAACUGCAGUGACGCUGAGGUCUCUGGCCAGUUCUGAAAGCUCACAUGGAUCUCCGUCAGCCUGCAGUGGUCAGUACCUGCUGAGGAAAUCCAACUGAAGAUAUUUCAGUUUGUAUGCACUCAUGAUAGGUACUGACCACUGCCACAGCCAGAAGGAGACCAGCACUAACCAGAGGUGGUCGUAAUGUUUUAGCAGAUUUACGUUAAUCCGUUUUUAUUGCUAAGAUACCGUUGAUUGUUAGGCCGAUGUGGAUGCUCUAACUCUGAAUGUUUGUGUAGAAAGACGUGAAGAGGCAAGUGUAGCUUUUGAGCUACAGAAGGAUUAGAUGAGAAUAGUGAGGGCAGGAAGCUGAGUCGAGUCAGUUUAGGUUUUUGUAAGUUGACAAAGUGGCGAUGAGGAAGUUGAGAAGGAAGAAAAACAUUUAUUUUUUAAAUCUUUUGUGAGGUUUUGGGGCUGUGAAAGCAGGAAGCCUGUGCUCGAGCAGCACUAUUGUCUGCUGCUGCUCCAUCAGCAGGAACUGAAUCAAAAGUUGUGAGCUUUGAACUUUUGUCAAAUUUCUUUCUUUGUUGUCAGCGGAAAUUCGAUGCCUGGACUGGGGUCUGAAUGGAAGGUGAACCAAAGCUGAGGCCUUUGACAAACUGGAUUCAUUAGUUUGAGUUUGUUGUAUAUAAAUGAGAGAACAAAGAGGCUUAUUCAGAUGCUAUAUUGACAGAAUGACUCCAGACAAUCAGCAGUGGGAAACGGUGCUGAAUGACGUUCAACCGACGGUACCGUCUCGACAACACUGCUCUCUAGUGGACAACUGAUGUCAUGUCCCUUUUUCUUUUUUUUUUCUCUUAACUCGUAACCAAAGAUAUUUUUGAUACAGUUUGAGUUGAGAUAAAACGGAGGUUUAGCUAUUGAAACAGUUACUCAAUGGUGACACUGGUGUUUGGGAAGCAAAGACACGACUGAUUCUUGUGAAGACAGAAAUAUAGCAGGGCAUUAAAAUGGUCAAUAUUACAUUAAAUAUAAUUAUUUUAGGGCAUUUUAAGACUUUUGUCAAUGAUUGUAAGUUAUUUAAUAAAUGCCAAUAGAUUAAUUAUCUCCUUUGCAAGUUUUAAGUUUUAAAUAGAUUUAACAAAAGCCAGUAAUCCAAUACUUUGCUUUGCCACUGUUUACCAAAAAUGAUUCUUUAGGUCUGACACUAUAACCAAAAUACCGUGUCACUAUGUCUUCUGUUGCUCCUUGAUAAACAUGUUGUUUCUGUGCUUGGGGUUUCCAUGGAAACUGCUGUUCUUAGUGUAUCUGAUGAGCAACUUUGGCUGUAGAACCUUUUCAAAGCUGUUGAGGCUACACAUGCUUUUAAGUCUAGAUUUUAUUUUGGGCACUUUAUCUCUUAAUUCAGGGAAGACGGGUUUUCAAUUCUUUCUAUUCUUUUCUACGUCGUCUGAUCUGGACGUCUUUCAACAAAGUUUGUGUUCAUUUUAAGGCUUAUUGUGACACAGCUGAAGACUGUGAACUGUUUUUGUUUUUUUGUGAACAUUGACGCUUCAUUUUUUUUCACUGUUUGUUUCCUGGAAUUGAUUGGAAAUGGCUGAUCCGUCAAUGAAGCUGAUUGAUCUGUGAAAUUACAGGGGUUUUUCCCCCCCUGUGAAAACACCCUUCUCCUUGUUUUCUGCUGCAUUUUAUAUGAUUUGUUAAAUUGUGUUACUCCAAUGAUUCCGUGGGUGUUGUUCCUUCGUGAGUGAGCAGAAACGUGUUUUCCAUCAUGAAAUCUUUUGCGCAUCGAAAAGAAACAGCAGUCAUAUCUAAAUAACAGGAUUACUAUUAUUAUAAUCAUUGAAAAAUGUCAUCACAUAAAUUCAGGGUUGCUUAACAUUUAUUUAACUAAGAACUAUAAAAGGGCUACAGAAAUAAUCAGAAACAAUUUACCGCUCUUUAAUUUAUCAAUAUUGAUAUUAGUCACAUGAUUUAGUUAUUGUGACUCAAAAAAAUUUCUGUGAAAUUUAUGCAUUACAUUUUUUUCAUGCAUUAUUUUAUUUUUACAGUUUUAAGAAAUCCUUGAAAUGCGACCCUCUAGUUGGAUGGUGAUGUGCAUUUGUAGAUUUUACAAAAUUAUGUUUUUUAUUGUAAGUGUUAGCAAUCCAAUCAUGUUAUUUAAGUUUUCAAAGCAAGAGCAACUUCACUUCCACUUCACUCACUUCAGAUUAAUCUCCAUUGGUUUGAGAUCAGACUUGUGUUUCUGUCAGUAUUUAAAUGCCAAAGAUCUUCUGCUGUUUUUUUUUUUUUUAGUAAUCUUCACAACAGAGGUGACAAAGAAAACAUUUCUGGAGCUUUCCUCUGGGUCCCAGCUGCGGUCACGCACCAACAUAAGUGACUGGAGCGGUCGCUCACUUUUCGGCUGCGGUACAAGUCGGAAGCCAUGUUCUGCUACAGAGAGCGUUUCUGCCUCCAGCUCGGCCGGACGACGUCUGCAGUGCCUUUCUUUGUCACAGUGGUGUUCUCUGCUUCCUUGUUGCAGAUGUUGUGGCUGGUUAAAAAUGUUUGAUUCACUUUGAAUCGUUAGAAAUGUAGCUGUUCCUCACACACACACACACCUACACACACUUAUUAAGGCGGCUGAACUAUUAAAGUGAAU